CCAGUCAGCACACCCAAGCAAAGCUACUACCCCCUCCCUCCCUCGCUUAUCUUGUUGAACCAGUUUGUAGAGAGAGGGUGAAGGAGGACCACGCCAGCCACUAUUUAGAGAGAGAGAGAGAGAGAGAGAGAGAGAGGCACGGAGUUUGUAGGGAGAAUCAGAUCGACGCGGGGUCGAAGCUGGCAUUUCGGAUCCCCAAUUCAUCCGGAUCUAUCAGGAUCAGUCACCACAAGGAAACUAGGAGGAGAGAGACGUUCCAUAUUCGUAGGAUCCUCCCCUUGUUGCCGUUGCUGUCCAUCCACGAGUACGAACUAUAUCAUUCGCCUAGUUGAUUGAUGCGUGGGAGGCAAUGGCGGCGGCGUCAUCUCCUUCCUCCGCUCCGGCCAAGAAACAGAAGAAGUGGCUCCGCGGAAACAACAAGCUGAUUCAUAGGUACCUCGGCGAGGCGCGGGCGGCUCUCGCUGCGGCGGCGCAGGACACCGAGGAUGGGGACGACGCGGCGGCGGCGGCGCUCGGCUUGGUGAGCCUUGCUCUGGAGAUGUCGCCGCGGGCGGAGGCGGCGCUGGAGCUCCGAGCGCGCGCGCUUCUCACGCUCAGGCGCUACCGCGACGUCGCCGACAUGCUCCGCGACUACAUACCCAGCUGUGGCAAGUCCUGCUCGGGCGACGACGCCACAACCUCCUCCUCCUCCUCCUCCUGCUCAUCCGGCUCAUCCGGCUCCGGCGACCUCGCCGCCGCCUCCAGGGUGGAGCUCCUGUCCCCGGACCGCGACCGCUCCGACGCAGGCGCUGGCGCCGCUCGCUUCCUGUGCUUCGAUGUAUCCGAGCUGAAGCGCCGCCUCGUAGCCGGCUUCUCCAGGAACUCCAACACCGAAGCCCAAUGGAGGUACUUGGUCUUGGGGCAGGCCUGCUUCCACCUCGGAUUAAUGGAGGACGCGGUGGUGCUUCUCCAAACCGGCCGCCGCCUCGCCUCGGCGGCGUUCCGCCGCGAGAGCGUGUGCUGGUCGGAGGACAGCUUCUCGCCGUCCAACACGACGUCUGACGUUGUGUCCGUGACCGGCAACAGAAGAACGUCCAAGUCCGGCUCCGCGUCAGUGGCGCCGGCAAGCGAGGCGGAGUCCGUGUCGCAGCUGCUUGCGCACGUGAAGCUCCUUCUCCGUCGUCGCGCGGCGGCGGUGGCGGCGCUCGACGCCGGGCUCCCUGCAGAGGCCGUGCGCCAUUUCAACAAGGUUCUGGACACGCGCCGCAGCGUGCUGCCGCACCCCUUCGCCACAGCCUGUCUCGUCGGCCGCGCCUCCGCGUUCCGAUCGGCGGGGCGCCCGGCAGACGCCAUCGCUGACUGCAACCGCGCGCUGGCGCUUGACCCGGCCUUCAUCCCGGCGCUGCGCGCGCGCGCCGACUUGUUGGAGUCAGUCGGGGCGCUCCCUGACUGCCUCCGGGACCUUGACCACCUCAAGCUCCUCUACGACGCCGCGCUCCGCGACGGCAAGCUGCCUGGGCCGAGCUGGCGGCCGCAGGGCGGCAUCCGGUUUGGGGAGAUCGCCGGAGCGCACCGCACGCUCACCGCCCGCAUCCAGCAGCUCCGCGGCCGCGUCGCCGCCGGCGAGGGGUGCAGCGUUGACUACUACGCGCUUCUCGGCGUGGCGCGUGGCUGCACGCGCUCGGAGCUUGAGCGCGCGCACCUCCUGCUGACGCUGAAGCUCAAGCCGGACCGUUCCGUGUCGUUCGCGGAGCGGGUGGAGCUGGUGGACGAGCACCGCGACCUUGAGGCCGUGCGCGACCAGGCGCGCAUGUCGGCGCUGUUCCUGUACCGGAUGCUGCAGAAGGGGUAUUCGUUCAUCAUGUCGGCGGUGCUGGACGAGGAGGCGGCGGCGAGGCAGAGGGCCAAGGACGCCGCCGCCUUGGCAGCGUCAGUGCCGAAACAAGAAGAUGAAGCAGCCAAGGCGGAAGCGACGGCGCCUGUAAUUCCGAUGCCCAGGACCGUGGUGACCGCGGCGGCAACUGCAGCGACACCAAUGAGCAUGAGCCCACGGUUGUUCUGCCGCGACAUGGCGGUGGUGGGUUCCCUGCUGUCCCGAGGCGGCUUCGACCGGGCGAUUCCGGUGAAGUGCGAGGCCAUGAGCUGCUAGGAUUGGUUGGUUGGCGGGAAAAGAUGCGGAGAGGGGAGAAUUCGAAGCAGUACUAGCAUUGUACAGUUUGGGAGGGAAAAUAACGGAUGAGCCAAAAUAAAAUAGGAUGAAAUUUUGAUUUGGUUUUGUUGAGCAGGUCCUUUUUCCUUUUGUUCUAGUGCAGGCUAGUCCCCUCUGUCCUCCUUGGAACUGCAAAUCUUGUACAUACAGUUGUCAUUCUAGAUUUAUCAUCAUCAGAUUCCAGGUCCUA